ACUCCCGGGUGGCGCAGAUGAGAAACGUCAUGAUCCCAACGAUGGCGUUGAGCUAACCAAUGAGCCUGACAUGAUCACUUGGGAGGACGACCCGGACAACUUACGUGCAAAGAUGCCAUGUGGCCACGCUAUUGGUCCCGAAUCCUUGACUGCCUUUUGCAGAUCACUUGUUAGCGAAGGCAAAUUUCAAUUUUUUUGUCCGUAUGUCAACCCGACAAACGAUGCUCGUUGCCGUGCGGAAUGGCAAUAUAUUGACAUCCGCAAGAUAGGUCUGCUUACUGACGACGAGCGCAUACAUUUUGAGUCCAAGAUUAGUGAAAAUUAUUCUUUUCGCGCUCUCGGCGCUCAAGAAUGUCCUCAGCCGGGCGCCAGAGAAUACGCAUUCUGUUGGUACUGCUUGCACGAAGUUAAGAGUUCACAUAGUUAUCGUUGUGAUAACAAUCUCUGUGGAGGUAUCGAUCCACGUCUAGCCAUUCUCAAAAAUGCGGUCACAAAGAAAGUAGGUACCGUAUCCGGAGUACCAUCGCGCCGCGCAUGCCCGAAAUGUGGUGUAAUAAUCGAACAUGACCGCCUAUGCAAGCAUAUGACAUGUCCUUGCGUCUGCGCGGCCCAACUAUCGGCCCGCAAAACGGCUGGUCAUGCGGUACAUUCAACAGU